AUGCAGGUGAUAAUGAGUCAGUUACACAAAACCGAAACCAUACGAAAAAAACUUGUAAAAAUCAUUGAGAGUAUUCUUUGCACAAUGUUGUCCAGAAAUGUGCUGGGGCUCAAAAGAGCUUGCAGACAUGGUUUGUAUAGCCUUGCUUACUGUAGAACAGCUUCUCAAAGCAAGUACAUGAAAUAUGGGCUUUCUGAAUCAUUUUCGAAAACCAGACCAUAUUCUACCAGGUCAACCGUGGUACAAUUACUCAACAAUAUUGGGUCUAAAAGGGAGGUGGAACAGUAUCUCAAGUACUUUACCUCUGUAUCGCAACAGCAGUUUGCUGUGAUCAAAGUGGGCGGUGCAAUCAUCACGCAACAGCUCAAUGAAUUGGCUUCAUGCUUGGCGUUUUUGUACCAUGUUGGAUUGUAUCCUAUCGUUUUGCAUGGAACUGGACCCCAGAUCAAUGAGCUUCUCGAAAACGAGGGUGUUGAGCCUGAGUAUAUUGAUGGAAUUAGGAUCACAAAUGCUAAGACCAUGGAAGUGGUUAGAAAAUGUUUCUUGGAACAAAAUCUUCGUUUGGUUACUGCCCUUGAAAAAAUGGGUGUUCGUGCUAGACCAAUUACCGCUGGUGUCUUUGGUGCCGAAUACUUGGAUCAAGACAAGUACCAACUCGUUGGUAAGGUCAAUUCCGUGAACAAAACCCCAAUUGAAGCUGCCAUUGAGGCGGGCUAUUUGCCAAUUUUGACCUCGUUAGCCGAGACACCUUCCGGACAACUUUUGAACGUCAAUGCUGAUGUGGCUGCUGGAGAACUUGCUCGUGAAUUUGAACCAUUGAAGAUUGUGUACUUGAACGAAAAGGGAGGUAUUAUCAACGGAGAGACCGGUGAGAAAGUCAGCGUUAUCAAUCUUGAUGAAGAAUAUGAAGACUUGUUGAAACAAAGUUGGGUCAAGUACGGAACCAAGUUGAAGAUCAAGGAGAUCCACGAUCUUCUUCAACACUUGCCUCGUUCGUCGUCUGUGGCUAUCAUUGAUGUUGAUGAUCUUCAGAAAGAAUUGUUCACCGAUUCUGGUGCCGGUACUUUGAUUAGAAGAGGAUACAAGUUGAUCAACAGAAACUCUUUGCUGGAGUUUGGUAACCCUGAUUUGCUCAGAAGUGCAUUGUCAAGAGACCCACAAAUCAAAUCUGGCAAGCUUUCGGUAGCAUCCUACUUGAAGCACUUGGAAUCAGUUGACUUUAAACUGUAUGGAGAUGAACCAUUAGAGGUUUUGGCCAUUGUUACCAAUGAAAAACUUCCCAAGCUCGACAAGUUCUUAUCGUCCAAAACUGGCUGGCUCAAUAACGUUACUGACAACAUCUUCAGUGCUGUUAAGAAGGACUUUAGUUCUCUCUACUGGGUGGUGAAUGAAAACGAUGCCAACUUGGCUUGGUACUUUUCAAAAUCGGAUGGUUCGUUCGCCAAGAAUAACGAGAUUUUGUUCUGGUACGGAUUGAACACAGAACAGGUUUCGCAGUUGAUCAAAGAGUUUGACAGUUCCAGCAUUUCGUCGUUGUCUUCGAAAAAUGACUCGGGUGUAUUUUCCACAUCUGCUCAGAAACGUGGAUACCACACCUCCAGAAACUCCUUCCGUGCUUACUCCACUACCAACCCCAACCCUCCUGUUCGUGAGGGAACCAACACCCUGCGUGCCAAAGUGGCAUUGAUUGGUGCUCGUGGAUACACUGGACAAGCCUUGAUUAACAUGAUUGACAAGCAUCCUUACUUGGAGCUUUCUCAUGUGUCUUCUCGUGAGUUGGCAGGCCAAAAGUUGAAGGGCUACAACAAAGCCAACAUUGUGUAUUCCAAUCUUCAAGCUGAAGACAUCAAGAAGUUGGAGGACAAUGGAGAAGUUGAUAUGUGGGUGAUGGCAUUACCUAACGGUGUCUGUAAACCGUUUGUCGAUGUUAUCGAGAGCGCCAAGGGAAAGUCUAAAAUUAUUGAUUUGUCUGCUGAUUAUAGAUUUGAUACUACUGGUACUUGGGUCUAUGGUCUUCCAGAAUUGAACGAUAGAACCAAGAUUGCCUCGGCCACAAGAGUGUCUAAUCCAGGUUGUUAUGCCACGGCAGCACAAUGUGCCAUUGCACCAUUGGUCGACUACAUUUCUGGUACACCAAGUAUUUUCGGAGUAUCUGGAUACUCUGGAGCUGGAACGAAACCUUCUCCCAAGAAUGAUGUCAAGUAUUUAACCAACAACUUGAUUCCUUAUUCUUUGACUGACCAUGUCCACGAGCGUGAAAUCAGCACCCAGUUGGGUUUGGAAGUUGCGUUCAUGCCUCACGUUGCCCAAUGGUUUCAGGGAAUCUCACACACCAUCUCCAUACCAAUCAAACCAAAAUCGUUAACGUCACGCGAGAUUAGAAACAUUUACCAGGACAGAUACCAAGGAGAACAGCUUAUCACUGUCAGUGGAGAAGCUCCAGUUGUUAAGGACAUUAGUGGAAAGCAUGGAGUUGUAGUUGGAGCUUUUGCUGUGAAUUCUGCUGAGAAUAGAGUGGUGGUGGUUGCAACCAUUGACAACUUGUUGAAAGGUGCUGCGACCCAAUGUUUGCAGAACAUCAACUUGAUGAUGGGCUACGGAGAGUACGAGGCCAUUCCAGACGAUUUGAUCAUUAGAGGAUGA